CGCAAGUGGCCCUAUUGUGCAGCCGUGGCCCUGGCAUUUUGCACACACCGAUGUGCCGGGGGGACUCGCUCGAGUAGCGGGGCUUUUUAUUUUUCGCGUCUUCUGAUGCGCCCGGGGCAUCCGCUGCUCCUGCCAUCCCUCUCGUGAUUUUUUUUUAUUUUUUAUUUUUUUUAUUGUCACUCCGCUUCGGAUUGUCGCGUUAACGAUGUUCAAGUAUCGGAUCCGCAUGUUUUUUAACGAGCUCAAGGUCCUGGUUUUGAUGCGCUCCGGCUCGAGGCAGGCCGACCCUGACACGGACACUGACCGGCGGAGCGCCAUGCGAGGAACGAGCGGAUGCGGCUGGCCGCCUUUCAGCGACUGCUCGUCCCGGGACGACGAUGAGGAGUACUACGGCAGCGAGCCUCGCCCGAGGAGCCUGGCAUUCGAGGAGCGGGACACCAAAGUGCAGGUCGGACUGGACGGGGUGUCACUGGGCAGCAGUCCGGAGAGUGGCAUGCGGACCCCGCAGUGUCGGAUCUGCUUCCAGGGUCCUGAGCAGGGGGAGCUCCUGAGCCCAUGCCGAUGUGACGGCUCUGUUCGCUGCACACACCAGCCCUGCCUGAUCCGGUGGAUAAGUGAGAGGGGCUCCUGGAGCUGUGAGCUCUGCUACUUCAAGUACCAGGUCCUGGCCAUCAGCACCAAGAACCCCCUUCAGUGGCAGGCCAUCUCCUUGACAGUGAUUGAGAAGGUGCAAAUCGCCGCAAUAAUCCUGGGAUCCCUGUUUCUCAUCGCUAGCAUCUCCUGGCUCAUCUGGUCCUCGCUGAGCCCGUCGGCAAAGUGGCAGCGCCAGGACCUGCUCUUUCAGAUCUGCUAUGGAAUGUAUGGCUUCAUGGACAUCGUCUGUAUAGGUCUCAUCAUCCACGAAGGCUCCUCAGUCUACCGGAUUUUUAAACGCUGGCAGGCAGUCAACCAGCAGUGGAAGGUACUGAACUAUGAAAAGGCCAAGGACCUGGGGGAGGCCCUGAGUGGAAGUAAUAAGGCGGCUGGGGGUCGCGGUUCACGGAGCGGCCACCCCUCGGCCAGCGACAGGAGCGGCCGACGAGGACAGCGUGUUAGGACUAUUCUCAACCACCACUGUGGCUACACGAUCCUGCACAUCCUGAGCCACCUGCGGCCCAGCGAGCACCGGCUGAGCGGCAGCUCCAACCGCGAGGUGGUCAUGCGGGUGACGACAGUAUGAGGACUGAGCCAGCAGCAGGGACUGGACUCGGUGGGGAGCGGGCCCCACGCCUCCGAGCCGCCUUCUAGAGUAUUGCUCUUUGGUUUAUUUUUUAAAUAAAGCAUCCAAAAGCAGAGGCAAGCGGAAGGUGUUCUGAGUUGAGGAGUGGACCAUGUCGGACCCAGCGACAGCUGAUGGACACGGGCAUGUCCUCCCUUUUCCUCACUGCCUGGCGAUCUUCUCUUCUUGG